AUGUCUCAGCUUGCAAAUGGCACAAAUGGUACAAACGGCACAGGCAACAUCAAGAGCUUGCCUUCCGCUGCGAGACUGGCAAAGGCGCUGUAUUCGGAAUCGGUGAUUGCCAAAGUAUGGAGAGUGGCAGCCAAGGCCCAGGACUCAAGCAAACCCCCGGUGUUGUAUCCCGAAUAUACCGGCAGCGAUGGAUGCACAUACGUCUAUCGAACGCUGGACUUCUGGACCUCGGGCUUCUUCCCAGGAUCCUUGUAUCUCAUUCUGGAGCGCCUGACGCGCUACGAGAAGACAAGCAUUCAUCUCCCUCCUGGCGAUACUGGAUCGACCACGUUCCCCCACAAGCUUCAGCUCGAGCACCUCUGCCGCUGGUGGACAGCCAAUCUGCACCAAAACGCCCGGAAGCGCGAUACCCACGAUCUGGGGUUCAUGAUCGCACCCUGGGCCAUGAAAGCCUGGAAACUGCACCGCGACCCAGAGGCGUACGGCAGUCUGGUGAUGGCGGCCCAUUCUCUCGCCAGUCGGUUCGACGCCACCACGCGGUGUAUCCGCAGCUGGGACGUCUGCGUCACGAACCGCUACUCGUUCACCGACGUCUCGGCGGACUUCCUCGUCAUCAUCGACAGCAUGUUGAACUUGGAUCUGCUGUUCUGGGCCGCCGAGGAAACGAACAAUGCGGAGCUUUAUGACAUUGCGGUGACGCACGCGCGCACGUCACGGAGGCACCAUGUUCGCGAGGACAACAGCACAUUUCACGUAGUCAACUUCUAUCCGGAUUCUGGGGAGGUGAAAGAGAAAUUCACCAACCAGGGCUAUGGCGAUGAGAGCUGCUGGGCGCGGGGACAGGCGUGGGGGAUUCUAGGAUUCGCACAGACGUUUGGGUGGACCGGCGAGUCGGAAUUCCUGGAUACAGCGAGGGCGCUGGCGGAUUACUUCCUAUCGCACUUGCCGGCUGACGGGGUGCCUUAUUGGGACUUUCUGGCACCAGUCACGGACGACAGUCCACGGGAUACGUCGGCGGCCAUGAUCGCUGCCUGUGGUAUGCUGCUGCUGUUCAAGGCGCUUCGGGACACGCCCGAGGGAGACCACUAUCUUCGAGGGGCGUUGAGGAUCGUGGAUGCUACGACCUCAGCUUUUCUUCAUCCACCCACCGUGCACUUCCAGACAACCCGCUCUCCAAAUCAAUGUGAGGUAUACCCAGAAGGGUGCAUUGCGCCGGGAGCGAGUGACGGAUUCGGGACUUUGGGGGUUGUCGAUUCCUCCCGUUCUCGCACCUGCGACACGAUUUUGGACGGGGCCACGAUCAAUAACUAUGAGUUUGCUCCCAGGCGGUGGGCAAACCAUGGGCUGGUAUAUGCGGACUAUUAUUUCUUGCUGUUCGGAAAUAUGUUGCUGGAACUGGGACUGGUUGAUGCGAGAGGGCUCGUUAACUCUAACCAUCAUACAUAG